AUGUCGUUUAUCUCCGCGACUCGGAUCUUGCUCGUGCUAUUGUCUAUCUACUCUCUUCCAUAUGCGCAGAUCCCGGAUGGCCUGCCUAUCGACGAUGCCAAGAGGCACAUCGUCGCUCCCUUGAUAAAACUUGCGAAAUUUGAACGUGGUCCCGAACUUCCAGCAGACGUUUCUAAGAAACAUCAGGUCUUGAGCGCAAUAAAUCCUCCGUCUUGGAGCAACAUCUUUCAGGGUGCUACCGAAGGGGUCGUUUUGGUGAAGAACUACAACCACACGCUACCUUGGGAAAAGCCAAAGAUGCCUACUCUUUACGGAUACGAUGCUCAUAUCUCUUUCAAAAAUAUUCCUGAAGUUCCUAACACGAAAUACAGCAUUUACACUGACUCUCGUCACUUCGAUGCCCACAACAUCACGCUUCGUUUUGAGUUUGUCUUCGGCCUUACGUACACCACUUUUGAAUAUGCCGGUCUCAACAUCGCUCUCGCUGAUUUGGACGCAGAUGCCUCUGCUCUCCCACCAUCUGCGCCAGUUGUUCAAGGCGGCAUCGAGUCUCUUUGGGAUGCGCUGGUCGUUGUUAAAGCCGAGAUCACUAAUACAGGUUUCACAUCUGCACCUGAAGUUGCUCAUCUAUAUCUUGUUACUCCAGGCGCACCUGCGAAGCAGUUACCCAGAUCCGAGAAGGUGCCGUUGGAGGCAAGCGAGAGCACGACUGUCUACUUUGACCUUACAAGAAGAGGUUUUAGUAUAUGA